AACUCCACUGUACCGAACCCUCCGACAUCGGAGGUGCCGUACGAUGGACGCCGAGGAAGUAGAAUUUGUUGCUGAAAAGUGUGUGAUCACGAUUCUACCCAACUUUAGCGAAAAUCGCGUGUACAUGAUCGGAGGCGACUACGGGCCUUUCAAUCCGUCCCUACCCGUUGACGUUCCUCUCUGGCUUGCCGUGCAUCUGAAGAAGAGACAGAAGUGUCGCGUUCGGCCUCCCGACUGGCUUGCAAUUGAGCCACUGACAGAGAAAAAGAGAGAGGAGGGUGCGUCGGAGUUGUUCACGCCCAUGCCGUCGGAUCACUACAUGGAAGUAGCCAUGGCCCUUCUGAACAAUGCUUCUGAUGAUGUGCAAGACGCUGAUCAGGUUCGUACUCUUAUUAAAGAUAUUUGGGAUAUCCGAGUAGCAAAGCUUCGGAAGAGUAUUGAUCAAAUGAUUAGGAGUCAAGCAAUAAGUGCAGAGCUAACAAACUUGACUCUGAUGGAAAUCAACACAAUUCGUCCAUUCUUGACAAAGGCUCUGGACCACUUGCAUAUGCUUAGAGUAAAUGCAGAAGAGCAUGCAAGUGAACAGACUUGACCCAAAAAGUCAUGUUAAAAAUAAUUAGUAUGCGUAUUCAAUUUCUAUCAAUAUUGUACAAGACUAAAGCAGACCAUGAUAACAAGUUUGAAUGAUAUCA